AUGCACUCUUCGACCGGUGCCCCGUCGCCGACAUGCGCCCACAGCGACCGCGCGUCGAUUUCAACCCCUCCGCCCCAGCUGACGACCGCGGCACAUGGGUCCCGUUUGUCCGUGCCAAGUAGCCCGGCGCCGCCCAAUGACCACGCGAAUGAAUGGCCUCAGCGGCCGGCUGAUAGUCACAGCUCUGGGAACUUAGACACGGCGUUUGCCUCGAUGUCAUUGAACGAUGACCUCGGAUCCGUAGGCCUUGGAUUUACUGAUAAAUCAGCCCCGCCCAUUGGUUCCCUGGGCAGCGGGGGAUCCAACACGCUCGGUAGCGCGCCGUCCGUGUCUCACAUCUCUUCUCCGACUCUCACUGCCAUAGCUAGUCCGGCAGCAUCGGCGUCGCCCACGCCCACUGCGUAUACAACUCCUUCGGACUCCGCGCUGCCCAGUCCUAUGCCUAACGAUGCAGCUGUCCCGCCAGUCCUGCCCUCCAGUGCGCAGAUUCCUGCAGCUCACUCUGUCGGUGUUGCGAGUACACUGACGCCUUCUCCGUCACUUGAGUCGAAUCCAUCUUCCGUAAGCGCCAGUCCUACGUUUACUACCUGUGCCUCCGCUACCCUCUCGCCCGUUGCCAAGUUCAUGUUGUCACCCGCUCUUAUUUCACCCGCUAUCAGUUCACCUGCUAUCGCUACUUCGUCUUCGAAUCAUACCAGCCCGUGUCCGGCGGACGUUGUCUCUCCUUCGUUUAGCUCUGCCUCCGAGCAUUCGGCCCUCUUGUCCCCAACUGGUCAAGAUCCCACUGUAGGAUCUCCCACACCGCACGCUACCGCCAGGGCGUCUCCCGAUAUCAAUGCGCAGGCAACGAUACAAGACGCUGGCGAUCUCAGUGACGCACGGGGCCUUAGCAAGCUCGCUGGAGCUCCCCUUCUGGAGAGUCCGCUCGCCUUGUCUGAAGCUAAUGUCGCGUCUUUCGCCGAACAACAAAAGCGCUCAUUCGAUCGUACUUCCGGAGCUGCUACCAUCCCCUCUGUACCGCCCGCCUCUCAUGAAUCCUUUGCUUUUCACCCUGCUGCGGGCCAUGAAGUAUUUCAGCCAUCGGGCGGUGCGCACGAUAUGUCUUCUACGCUUUCUACAGUGUCAUCUACGUCUGGAACAUCUUUCAAGACGCCGAAUGUCUAUAUCAAUGGACUCCCUCCCAACUUUCCCGAAGAGCAAUUAUACAAUAUGACCAAAGAUUUCGGCGGGGUCGUGAGCGUCAGGACCUUUACGAGACACGUUAGUGAGCGGCCGACAGGUUACGGCUUUGUGUUGUUCGAGACCAUGGAUGGUGCAGAGAGGUGUAUCGAAGCGUUAAGGAAGUACAGAAACUUACACCCAUCACUGUCAAAGCAAAUUCAUAAGAUACCCGGUACUUUGUACUCGACGAUAGACACCUCCCAGUGUGGAGUCACGUCACCCAGUAAUUCCGCAGCGGAUGAAAACUCGUUCAAGACCAAGAUGGAAAAACUGAAGGACACUACGUCGACCAAUUUGUAUAUUGAGGGGCUCCCCUUGAGCAUCGACGAACCGACGCUGACGGCUCUCGUAUCGCCCUACGUUAUUAAAAGCAGCAGAUUCUUCCAGACCAAGCUCAGUCACCCUCCACGUAUCAUUGCGUUUGUCCGGCUGGAGACUCGUUCGGCGUGCGAAGAGAUUAUAGAACGUCUCCAUGGCAGAAUGGUUCGCGGAUGGAACGAUUCUGGCUGCCGAAUUUCCGUAAGGUUCGCGGAUAGUAACGAGCAACGAGAAUUGAGGAAGAGGGAGAGGUCCAAGAGGGAGGGCGGAGAUGGCUCUCCUAAUCGUUUGACCAUGGCCCAAGCCGCUUUACUUAAUCUCAGAGGUUCCGAGAUGAGCGGUCGCGCUGGGGGACGAUCCGUCUCUUGUCCGACUGGCUCCAUGGGUGUACCGCCUGUCGAUACCCUCAGUCUCGCUCACCAUCCCGUUACGACACAGUACCAGCAGCAGAGGGACAUGCAACUUCUCCUAGACUCGUUGAAGAACGGUGGCGUCGGCCUUGGAAACGGGCUCAUGGAAGGGAUGGGUCUGCACGGACAAGGGCUGGGUGGUGGACUGCACGGCACCGGUCUGAGCGCGGCGACGCUCAACGCUCAGGCCCUGGGGCUGAGCCAUGCUGGUGCGGGCUUGCUCCCCGGAUCUGUUGACGUUAACACACUGCUUACGGCGCAAGAGCUUAACAACUGGAACGGCACGGGAAGUUCUCAAGCAGGCGCAGGAGGUUUCACUCCUGCCGAGCAGUUGCUUCUCCAGGCCCAUGCUCAGGCUCGUGCUCGUCUAGCAGGGCAAGGUGUCCUUGGUGUCUCGACCUCCGCCUCCGUGGGAAUGGCUGGCCUACCGUCAGUAAACAGAGGUAUCGGCCGCGCUCAAGCCGGGCUAGGUGGCAUGGACUACAACAGUCAGCAGGGGUACGGGGUCGGUGGUGUCUCCUCUGCGGGUCUUCGAUCCUAUUCUCAAUUUUCCUCUCCUGCUCUUGACACACUUCCUACUAUGUCCGAGGAGCAGUUCCAUGCCACUGCCGUGCCCCAGCGUUCGCACGCGCAGUCCCGUGGCCAGUUCCGCACGCAAGGACUUCGUCAGCAAAGUGCUGGAGGAGAGAUGGGCCUUCGCGACGUUCGAGGGAACACCGAGGAGCUGGACUUGGAUGAGAUCAGAUAUAGUCAGCGUGGCGUGGACCGCCGCCAGACUAAUGACCCUCUUCUGGGUCAACGUCAGGCAUCCAUCGCGCAAGGCUCGCAAAGUGGAUCCCAGACAUCGUCGCUUCACAUGCGGGCGACCACACUCCCUGCUUCCCACUUUGGCAACAACCGCAGUGGUGCCAACUACGAUGGCAAUAAGAAGAUGUUGCCUUCCACUGGCACCGGACACGGUGCAACUCGUGUCAACAACAGUUUGAAAAUUGAUAGCGCUGCCGGCAACGGGGCUGCCACCAGAGGUGCAGAGAAUGUAGUGGACAAAGAUCAGUCUCCCCUUGUGUCUCCUGCUCUGACCUACGCCUCGCAUACGCCGUCGUCGACUUCGUUCAGUCCUGCAACGCCCUACUUCCAUGCAGGCGGUUUCGAAGGGUACGAAGGGGUAGGAGUGGCUGUUGGAGCCGGGGACCAGUCUCCUGCCGGUCUAGGGCUUAACAUGAUGAACAACGUUGGAAAAGGCAAGGGGAGAGCGGUUAGUCAUUCGUAAGUCGGCGGGGACAAGAGGGCACGAGGGCAAGGCUUCACAGCGGACCGCAUCGUAUCAAGUGCAAAAGAUUUUCGGACAUGUACAAGUAGACUUUCUCAACAGCAGCUAGGAGCUUUCGUUUACGCAUCCG